UUCCGCUUGAGAGGAAAGAGGUGGAGCUUGGGGGCCAAGCCGCCGGUGAAUUCCAAGAGCCAGCUUCCAGAGCGUCCGUCCGGGUUGGAGAAUUUCCUUGUCAAACCAUGGACCCUGAGGUGUCCCUCCUGCUGUUGUGUCCUCCUGGGGGACUGUCCCAGGAGCAGGUAGCAGUAGAGCUGAGCCCAGCUCAUGAUCGUCGCCCACUGCCUGGAGGAGACAAGACCAUUACUGCCAUCUGGGAGACAAGGCUACAGACCCAACCCUGGAUCUUUGAUGCCCCUAAGUUCCGCCUUCACUCGGCCAUACUGGCAUCCAGCUCACCUCAGCCACAGCUGCUCCUGAACCUGGGACUAACUUCCUACCGGGACUUCCUGGGCACAAACUGGUCCAGCUCAGCCUCCUGGCUGCGACAGCAGGGAGCUACAGAUUGGGGUGAAAAGCAAGCCUAUCUGGCAGAUCCACUGGGGGUGGGUGCCAUAUUGGUCACAGCUGAUGACUUCCUUGUCUUCCUGCGCCGCUCUCAGCAGGUGGCUGAGGCGCCUGGGAUGGUAGACGUGCCUGGAGGGCACCCUGAACCUCAGGCCCUGUGCUCUGGUGGCAUCCCCCAGCACAAGGACCUCCCUGGGGAACUGGUGGUACGUGAACUCUUCUCCAGUGUCCUACAGGAGAUCUGUGAUGAGGUGAACGUGCCACCGCAUACCUUGAGCCAGCCACUGUUAUUGGGCAUCGCUUGCAAUGAGACCAGCGCGGGCAGAGCCAGUGCAGAGUUCCAUGUCCAGUGCAGCCUAACUUCAGAGGAGGUUAGGAGUUAUUACAUGAGUGGGGGACCUGAGGCCCACGAGUCUACAGGAAUCAUCUUUGUGGAGACACAGAGGGUACAGAGACUACAGGAGACAGAGAUGUGGGCACAACUCUGCCCUUCAGCCAAAGGCGCCAUCCUCCUCUACAAUCGCCAUCCUCCUUUACAGUCGGGUGCUGGGACGUCCCGCCUGAGUCAUCCUAGCGUCCCAGCCCUAUCACUGCAGCUCUAAAGACAAUAAAGGACUUUUAUUCUUGGA